AUGGCGCUGGAAGAGAAGAGGUAUGGAUAUUAUUUGAACGAUUGUGAGAUUUCUCUUGAUUUGGCUGAGAUAGCUCCAUACUUUUUCCGACACAAGUACAAGCUUGCAGAAAAGCUCUGUUACGAAUACAACCUUCGAGUAGAAUGCCUUCGUUUGCGGACCGAACCUGAUUUGGAGGAACAGAAUGAUAUCUUCAGCGGUACCAAGAGUCCAAGACUACCUUCUCUACCAAGAUUAACUUGUGAUAAAAUGCAACUUAGUUUCCUCAAUCUGGAGUCACAGAGGUACAUUUCGGACUCCUUACCUCUUCCGGUUCCCAAAUUAGGUCCAUUUGAUGUUCCUCCCUUGGAUUGA